UUGUACAAAUGAUGACGUAAUGGACAUUCGAGGGGAUGGCGGGUUUGCAAAAUAUUUGUCACUUGAUGAAUUUAUAAAAUUGUUAUCGAAAAAACCGAAGAGAGAGGUAAAAUUACCGGAAGAUUGGCGUAAUACAAUUGAAGACUAUUAUAAGGAGACAACCAAAAGCGGAUCAAAAAAAAGUAUAUCUGAUUGGAUUCGCAUUACAGAAGAGCUAAAUGUUUUAAAAGAAGAAGAUAGCGAAGAGCUGAUAAAAUUAAAAAAAUAUUUAAAUCGAGUUAUGCUUUCAUUGGUCGAAUCAUUCACAAAAUACAUCCCAGAUAUAAAUGCCUCAACCACUAGCGAACACCAUUAUUGGUCGGAAUUUGGCCAUCGUUUCUUUUCAAGAGCAUUACAAGAAUUCGUAGGUGUUGACUGGAGGGC